AAACGCUCCAAAAAUGGCUCCUCCCUGAAAAAAGAAAAAUGGUUUCAAAACCUGAGGCGCCAAAUCUGCUACCUUCUCCCGCGCCUUCCCCAUAACCCCUUUAAUUUCUGCUCUCAAAUUUUCCACCGCUUUUGUCCGAAAUCCUUCUCUCCACCUCCAUUUUUUCGCUCUCUACCCGUCCGACCACGCGCCUAAUGCAGGGCCACCAGCCCCACCCCGUCACCCCCAUCUCCGACGCCGAUCUCCUCCUCAGAACCGGCAAGAAGAGGGGCAACUACAACUGCGGCCGCUGCGGACUGCCGAAGAAAGGCCACAAGUGCCCCUACGCCUCCAACGACGACGGCGCGGCCACCCCCGUGUCCACGCCGGCGGCCAGCGGCGCCGAUUCGUCUGCCGUGGCAGCGGAGAAGCUGGUCUGCGCGACGCCUCCGCCGCCGGCGAGGCGACGUCGGGCCCUGUUGUUCGACGAUCCCGGCGUGGCCGAGUCGAUCGAUGGGGCGGACGAGGAGCAGCUCGAUCUGGAAGAGUAUCCGGAUCCGUACGAGUCGGGUGGGUUGCCGAUGAACUGUUUGUGGGAGGUUUUGCGUAGGGUGCCGCCGUCAGGGCUGCUGUCGGCGGCGGGGGUGUGCAGAGGAUGGAGGGAGGCGACGAGGAAGCUCUGGCGUGCGGCGGAGGAGCUGCAGCUCAGGGUUCCCGCGAAGGCGCAGAUCGGAUUUGUUGGGUCCAUUCUGCAAAAAUGCCCUGGGCUGAUAAGACUGUCGCUGAGAAUUGAAAGUGAUGUUGAUGCAACAAUGCUGGCUUGUAUUGCCUUCUCGUGCCCAAUUUUGCAGUCUCUGGAGAUCCUUACUUGUGAUUCAUCCAUUAAUCGGAUAUCUGGAGAUGAGUUGAGUCGUUUUGUUGCCGAUAAAAGAUGCCUAACCAGUCUCAAGAUGGAAGGGUGCGGUAACCUUGGGGGUUUUGUAUUUUCUUCAACAAGUCUCUCUACUCUUUGGCUUUCAGAUCUUCACUCCCUUUCUAAGAUGAUUUUUAAUUGCCCAAAUUUAAAAGAGAUUUCUUUGGACUUCUCUCGUCAAGAAAACGAUAGCACUGACCUUAGAGCAGUUAUGGAUGGAUUGGGAAGAAGCUGUCCUAAGCUUCAGAACAUACAUAUUGCAUCAAUUUUGCUCUCACAUGAUGUGGUUUUGGCCCUCUCAGCUGCAAAUUUGAGGGGAUUGCGAAUGCUCUCUCUUGUUCUUGGAUCAGGGAUAACUGAUGCAUCAGUGGCAGCCAUUGGUUCAAGUUUUCCAAAACUGGAGUUGCUUGAUCUCAGUGGGUCUAGCAUCAGUGACAGUGGCAUUGGGAUGAUCUGCAAUGUCUUUCCUGAGACAUUAUCAAAACUUCUACUCUCUCUCUGUCCAAACAUCACUUCAAGUGGCAUUCAAUUUGCUGCUGCCGAGCUUCCUCGUCUAGAACUUAUGGACUGUGGAAUGACCAUAUGUGAUCCCAAUUCUGAAAUAUCCUCCAAUGAUGAGGAUAAUUGCUUGGAAUUACAAAAAACACCCAAUAGCAAGAUGCACCUUAUAUACCAGAAGCUAAUUAUCAAGCACAACCGGCUAAAGAAACUAAGUUUAUGGGGUUGUUCUGGGCUGGAUGCUUUAUAUUUAAAUUGUCCUCAUCUUACAGAAAUAAACCUCAACUCUUGUAGGAAUCUGAAUCCAGAGAGGUUGCUACUCCACUGUGCCAAUCUAGAAAGUAUACAUGCAUCUGAUUGUGAACAAAUGCUCGUCAAGACCAUUGAAACUCAGGUCAUGGGUAACUUUAGUUCUGUCGAUAAUCAACUUCCCUCCAAAAGAUUACCCGAUGGCUCCAAAAGGGUUCGGAUACCAUAUUUCUGCAGCCCUCAGUCAUUUGGGGAUGACAAAAAGCGUAGAAGGCUUGUAAAACACAAAUCUGCUAUCGUAAUUCGUAAGCUUCAAUCGCCACCGGAUUUUGAGCUCAGAAAUGGAGGUCUCGUCGUUUUCAACUACCUGCACAGCCCUCCGGCAGCCUUCCUCAGAGGCAUUGCUACUGAAAAAGAUAUGGUUUCCCAAAUGGAAUCAGGCUCAUUUGUUGCCAAAGAAGGCAUUGAGGUUUUUAGAUGUCAAUUGAAGGAAGUUCCUGUUAUUAAGGCAGGGUGCAUGGAUGAAGUAUAUGAUAUCUUGGCUGAACGUCUAGUUCCAAUUGCAGCAGCUGAGUCGAAUACCAAUUUUAAGCAUAUAGUUGGUCUUUGUGGGCCUCCAGGUGCUGGAAAGAGCACCCUUGCAUCUUCUGUAACUACCCGUGUCAAUAAGCUGUGGGCCCAAAGAUCCUCUUGCUUUGAUUCUCUAGUAGAGUCUCCAGAGGUUGCAAUUGUGCUCCCUAUGGAUGGAUUCCAUCUUUAUCGUCAUCAGCUGGACUCUAUGAAGGAUCCAAAGGAAGCUCACGCGAGAAGAGGAUCUCCUUGGACAUUUGAUCCCGAACGGCUGUUGACGUGUCUCACGAAUCUGAGAAACGAGGGAUCCGUGUAUGUCCCGUCAUUUGACCAUGGCUUGGGGGACCCUGUUGAAGAUGAUAUCUUUGUGAGCCUUCAGCACAAAGUAGUGAUAGUUGAAGGUAACUACUUGCUUUUGGAUGAGGAUGUGUGGAGGGAUAUCUCAUCCUUAUUUGACGAGAAGUGGUUCAUUGAUGUCGACAUUGACAAAGCAAUGCAACGGGUUUUAAAAAGGCACAUAUCGACAGGAAAACCCCCUGAUGUUGCUAAAUGGCGGAUAGACUAUAAUGACCGGCCCAAUGCAGAGCUGAUAAUGAAGUCAAGUAAAAACGCGGAUUUGAUAAUCAAAUCAGUAGACAUCUCACCGUGAGUCAAAGGAGAACAGAAGGAACAGGUUCCCUUUACAAGCUUAAACCCUCAUUUGUCAAUAAUGGAAAUUGAAUAAUGACUUUGCUUUUGUAACUCUGUAAGUUUAACCCUGUGACCAAUUCUUGUUCAGUUUACUAGGUUUAAAAUCUGCUUAAAGGUCAAUAAAUCUGUCUUUCUUGCCUUUAAAAGGCGUAUGGGUUCUCCUAUCUCGUUUUCCAUUUACAUCUUUGAGUAACAUAAUUUUGUGUAGUGUGGCCUUUGGGCUGAUUCAGAAAAAGAUUGACUACACGUAUAUUUUCCAUGACACACUGCCUAAAUGUUAGACAUCCGUACAUUCUUACAAAAAAUAAAUGCCCAUACAAUGAAAAGCCAUUUCUUGGUUUAUAUUGUAUUUAAAAGUAUGCUUUUAGUGUGAAAAUAUGUACAAUGAAAGAGUGUGGGUGUCUAACCACUAUUAGGCAGCCUAACAGAAGAUCUAUU